AUGACUGAUAAAAAAAGCGAGAUUAGUUCACUUGGAGGAUUUGGUAGUAUUGAAGAGAUUGAUGAACGCAUACAGAUGAGAGAAGAGGAAUUAGAAGAAGUAUUCAAUGAUAUAGAUUCUCUUCAAACUAAAAAUGACAAUUUACAUUCUAAGCUUAGUAGCCUUCAAACUGAAUAUACAACAUUACUUCAACAAUACAAGCGUGAAGAAGGACUUCAAAAAUCACUAAAAAUGCAACGCCAAGCAAAAACUACGCCAGCUUUAGAUCCAUCUCUCAUCGAAACAGAACAUUAUAAUUUUCUUAAAGACAAAGAGGAUCAAAAUAAGAAACUUUUACUCGAUUUAGAAAGUUUACGCGUAAAAUGUGAAAAGCAAGAAGGUGAUCUUCAAAGUGUACACUUGUUCAAUAGUGACACAGAGCAAAAGAUUGCUCACAUAGAGCGUGACACUCAAUUACUUAUUGCAAAGGCAAAGCACAUAAAUCAAGAGCUUGCAGUUACAAGAUCUACAAUAAAUCAACAGAAAGGAGAUAUUGGUAUGUAUAAUAAGUCGAUAAAUGAUAUGAAUGAUCAAGUUAAGUCAUUGGUUGAAAAAUUAGAAGCCUUAGAAAUCGAAAAUACAGAUGUAAAAAAUCUUAAUCGUGAAAUUAAGUUAUUGAAGCAUGACAAUCAGAAUUUGCAGCAACAAGUAGAAGAAUCACAAACAAACAUAGAUAAUUUCCAAUCCAAUGCAGGAAAAGAAUUAGAUAAUUUGCAUGAAAAGGGAAGUCAAACGGUCCAAUUGGUAGGCUGGGAAUUAGAGAGAAAAUCUCUUACUGAUGAGCUUAAUCAAAUCACAAGCCAAGAAAGUCAAAUCGCUCAAGAACUUGAUCAAGCAAUGAAAACAAACACAAUGCUGAAGAAUCGUCUCAACAAACUUCAACCAUUGCAUAAGAAAUGGAUUUCAUCUGUUAAGAACAAAUCUUCACAACCCGUACCAGAAGAUGAUAUUUAUCAAUUAUUAUCAAAAUGCAACAGAAAAGGAAAGAAACAAAUGAAAACAGAUGAUAAGUAUCAAAAGGAACUUGAAAAUAUCAUAGAAAGUAAUCGCAAACUCGAAGAAAAAAUUGCCAAGAAGAAAGAUUCUCUUGAAAUCGCUCUAAAUCGGUUCAAGAUCGAAGAAUCACAGUUAAAACAACAAAUAAAGCAGACUAGAUCUCAUGUAUUUGAAGUUGAACAUGAAAUAAUCGAGAAAAUUAACUCAGUUAAGCUCAAAAUUGCAGACAAGGUAGAUUUCUAA